AAGAAGUUGGCGAAGUAGUAGUGCAAGGCGUUUGGAAGACCAAAAAGCACAGUUUCUCUAUGAAUCUUAAACAGAGAAGAAUAAUAAUAGAAAUAUAGAAAAGAUGGAAAACUAAGUAGAUAGAGCAGACUGGUAGGGAGCUGGUGAUCAUCGAAAGGGCCGGGUCUGGAAAAAUCAAAAGAAAUGACAUGGUGCAAUAGAUCAUCAGUUGUGGAGGGGGGAAUCGAAAUAAUCAACCACCCCAAUCUCAAUAUUAUUGCAAUCCCUAGAAAUAGUAAUGACAAUAAUAAUAGUGUUAUUAGUGUUAAUCACGCAAAUACUCCUCCUAAACCAACCGAAAUCCGAGCCGUUACUUGCCCCUCUUGUGGUCAUCACAUUCAAAUACAACAAGAUCAGGGUGGGGGAAUUCAAGACUUGCCAGGAUUGCCAGCUGGAGUGAAAUUUGAUCCGAAUGACCAAGAGAUACUGGAGCAUUUGGAUGCAAAAGUGCAGUCUGAUGUGAGAAAGCUUCAUCCUCUAAUUGAUGAGUUCAUACCAACUCUUGAGGGCGAGAAUGGAAUUUGCUAUACUCACCCAGAGAAGCUUCCAGGAGUAAGCAAAGAUGGACAAGUGCGUCACUUCUUUCACAGGCCUUCAAAAGCAUACACAACGGGAACAAGGAAGAGAAGAAAGGUUCACACCGACCAAGAAGGAAGCGAGACUAGGUGGCACAAAACUGGCAAAACCAGACCCAUCUCUGUGGCUGGUUCCGUUAAGGGUUUCAAGAAGAUUCUUGUUCUCUACACCAACUAUGGCAGGCAGAAGAAGCCCGAGAAGACCAACUGGGUCAUGCAUCAGUACCAUCUCGGCUCCAACGAAGAAGAGAAAGACGGCGAACUCGUCGUUUCUAAGGUUUUCUAUCAAACACAACCUCGACAGUGUGCAAACAAGGAUCCUUAUGAUGAAAGAUUAUUGAUGACUUCACAAAUUAACAGUGUCAAUGACAUUAGCAUUCACGCACUACCCAAGAACAACAACAACAACAAUGCAGGUUUUGUGGAUUAUUAUAACCCCGGUUUCAUGAAUAUGAAUUAUGAACAGAUGAACGAGACUACCUCACCGCAACUGAUUCCGAAUAUGGUGGUGCAAGGUGACAGCUCUUCUUUCAUUCGGUUACCCAGGUUGGACAGAAAGUAGUAUGACAAUGACUGCAUGCAUGUUGAUGUUUUUUUAAUGCCAUAUAUAUGUGUUUAUAAUUAUUAUAUAUAUGAUGACUGUAUUUAUUAUUCUAUUUAUAUAUAUAGGAAUAUUAGAAUGAAGGGGAAUCAGUAGGGUUGUUAAGGAAAUAAUUAUUUAGGCCUGAAUCGGCUUCCUUAAUCCCUAAUAUAUAUAUGUUGACUUUUGCUGAUUUGAUGUUGAGACUUGAGACUUGAGAGACCAUCGACCAACAAGGUCUUUCCUGUACUGUACUGUACUGUACUUUUAUCUUAA